AUGGAGAGAUUGGGAAAGCUCCUAAAUCGUAGAGGGCUAGAAAGGAGAAAAGGAAGACACUUCGCAAAGUUCAGGGGUGGUGCAAUUGUGGAUAUGGAGAUUCAUCAUACAACGCCGACGGUGGUUGGUUCCAAGCUUAUUAAUUCCGCCGGGUUGCUUCCUGGAUCGGAGCAUUCGGGCGAUCCUCCGGACUCUUUGCUUUCGACGACGGAGGUUAGGAAGGUGGAUGGGAAUUUAGUUACGGGCAUGGAGAUUUGUCAACAUGGUAAUUCGGUGAAUGAUGGCUCUGCUCAGCAGGGGAAUACUUCUCUUCGUUCUCAAUGA